CUUCAGUCAAGGAGAAACUAAUUGGAGGAAAGAAUAGAAGAAAGGAGCUGUGGGAAAACUAAACGAAGCAUAAGUUUACUUCUUACAGAAUGCCACAAAAAGAUUACAGAAGUCAAACGAGCUGGGAGAGCGGAGUGGUCUCCAUGAUGCAAAACAGUCACAGUGGGAUAAACCAGCUUGGAGGUGUGUUUGUGAAUGGGAGACCUUUGCCUGAUUCCACCAGGCAGAAGAUAGUGGAACUGGCCCACAGUGGCGCUCGACCAUGCGACAUAUCCAGAAUUCUACAGGUGUCGAAUGGCUGCGUGAGUAAGAUCUUAGGCCGGUAUUACGAGACAGGUUCGAUUCGUCCUCGGGCAAUCGGAGGAAGUAAACCCAGGGUGGCCACUCCAGAAGUUGUGGGCAAAAUUGCUCUGUACAAAAGAGAGUGUCCAUCGAUCUUCGCCUGGGAGAUCAGAGACAGGCUGUUGGCAGAGGGCGCCUGCACUAAUGACAAUAUACCAAGCGUUUCUUCAAUAAACAGAGUGCUCAGGAACCUGGCCAGUGACAAGCAGCAAAUUGGCACAGAAGGAAGUGAGGCGAUGUUUGAAAAGCUCAAAAUGCUUCACGGUCAAGCCACCUGGGCGGGGCGCACUGGAUGGUACCCCGGCUCCGCACUCAUUGCCACUGAAUGUCCACAGACGGAAGGAACGGAAAACACAAUAUCAGCCAGCUCCAACAGUGACGAUCCAGAUGAGACUCAAAUGAGGCUUCAGCUGAAGAGGAAACUGCAGAGAAACAGAACAUCGUUCACACAGGACCAGAUAGAAGCACUUGAGAAAGAAUUUGAAAGGACUCAUUAUCCAGAUGUGUUUGCUCGAGAGCGUCUUGCCAACAAAAUAGACCUACCAGAGGCACGGAUACAGGUUUGGUUUUCCAACAGAAGAGCAAAGUGGAGACGAGAGGAGAAGUUGAGAAAUCAACGGCGUCAAGUGUCCAACUCCUCCAGCCAUAUUCCCAUCAGCAGUAGUUUUAAUGCCAGUGUUUACCAACCUCUACCCCAAACUACAACACCAGUGUCCUUCUCAUCAGGAUCUAUGUUGGGGAGGUCUGACUCCGUUCUGUCCAGCAGCUACAGCAUACAGCCCAUGCCAAACUUCAGCAUGGCAGCCAGCCUGCCCAUGCAAGCAUCUAGUCACACAUCUUACUCGUGCAUGCUGCCCACCAGCUCAGGUGCCAAUGGAAGAACUUAUGAGACCUACACUCCUCCGCACAUGCAACCACACAUGAACAACCAGUCACUGGCCUCCUCUGCAUCAUCAACAGGUCUGAUUUCUCCAGGAGUCUCAGUUCCAGUCCAAGUUCCAGGAAGUGAAACAGACAUGUCACAGUACUGGCCACGUCUGCAGUAAUGUCGCUUGUAGAAACACUCUUGUGUGGCAUAUCCUUACUUGUCAAAUUUCAGAAGGAAUAUUUCAUUGUGAAACGGUACAGAUUGUAACUAAACUCUGCAGAAACGUGAGACAGGGAGUUGGGGUAUGGUUGAGAUUGGAGGACUUCUACAGUGCUUAAUGGUUACUAUCAACCAUGCUUACCGUCAACCAGUACGCCUUAGCAACGACUUUCUCACUGCGUCAUCAGCUGCCAUUCAAAAUAUGAUCUGGUGCUUUGGUUUAAGUGGCGACAGAAACAUUCGUUGGUAAAAAAAAAAAAAAGGCACACACUGCCCAAAGCUGCUCAUUUUUUAUCAACAAAAAAAAUUCCAAUCCGAAGACGUGAGCGGAAAAAAAUGUCUGCUCUGAAUGUGUUUAAUUGGAAGGUUCCAAAAGCCAGCAACGUGUACAGAACUUCCUAAUCUAGUGACCGUGUUUGCGCUUGUAAAAACCGUGAUUGGCAUGGUUUUUUUUUUAGAAUUUUGGGAAACCCCAAUAAGCUCUGGGUUCAGAGUUAUAAUUCCAAAACUCUUAUCUCCAGAUUUUAUCAAUAAACCAAAUUCAACCCAAAGUAAGCUAUCAUAUACAGCAUGAACAAUGAAUUGUGUUUUGGCAUGAAUCUGAUUUUUAUUUCCAUGUGUUAAGUAUUUGUCUUGUCCAUUGACUGGGGAAGGUUUCCAUAAUAAACUUGUUUCAUCUCCAAUAAUCUUUGGAUGUUUUUGAUGCACAUUUUAUAGUUCAAUAUCACCAUCUUGAAGUGCUUUCGUAAAUAUAGUAUAAUAUGUGCAUAUACACAUGCUGCAAAAACCAAUGGGACAUAAUUACCUCUGCCAAGUGCAAGUGCCAAGGUUAUGUUUUUGCCUGUGUUUAUCUGUUUGUUUGUUUGUGUGCAAAAUAACUUGAAAAGUUCUAAAUGGUUUAGGACGAAUCCAUCCAACCAUCCACCUUCUACUGCUCAUCCGAGGUCGGGUCGUGGGGGCAGCAGCCUAAGCAGGAAAUCCCAGACUUCCCUCUCCCGAGCUAAUUCAUCCAGCUCCUCCCGGUGGAUCCCGAGGCGUUCCCAGGC